AUGUUGGAAAGAAUAGCGCCAACCCACCGCGAUUGGGGAGAAACACAGCAAGAUCUUAGAUCUUGCAUUCAUUUCCUCUCCCAUCCCUCUGAUGCCCCCUUUCGCGACCCUCAGAUAUUUGACGCCAAACCAGGGGUGUCAACAAUUCUUAACCAGGGCGCAAUUCUGAACGACGUUACCCAUGGAUACAGUUCGGUGUUUGGCCAGAAGUACCUCGCAGCUCGCCAGCAUCAACACGCGAAUCUCGUUUUCUCAAGCAAAGCUCUCGAGAAGAGCGCUGAAACGAAUCUCCCGUCCACUCAGGCUGGAGGCAAGCCUUCUUGCUGGCCCUCCCUCGCUCCCCCUUGCGCUGCUCCCCCCUCCCCUGCUCCCCCCUCUUCUACUCCCCUCCCCUACUCCCCCUUGUGCUGCUUCCCCCUCCCCUGCUCCCCCUUGUGUUGCCCCCCCCCCCCUGCUCCCCCAAGUGCUGCUCCCCCCUUCCUUGCUCCCCUUGCGCUGCUCCCCCCUCCCUUGCUCCCCCUUGUGCUGCUCCCCCCUCCCCUGCUCCCCCUUGCAAUGCUCCCCCCUCCCCUGCUCCCCCUUGCGCUGCUCCCCCCUCCCCUGCUCCCCGCUGCUCUGCUCCCCCCUUCCCUGCUCCCCCUUGCGCUGCUUCCCCACCCCCCCCCCCCCCCCCCUGCUCCCCCUUGUGCUGCUCCCCCCUGCUCUGCUCGCCCCUGCUCGUCACACACUUCCCUUCUCGCAAGUAAGCUCCAUGCUCGACCGCGAGUCCUUCUCGCAUGCAACUCCUCACCCCUCCUUCCCUCAUCCCGCUUUCCGCUCUUUCCCCGCAUUAACUGUUCCACCCUUCCCAUAUCCUCCUACCAUGCUCGUUCGUGCGUCAGGUCUCCCCGUCUCGCAUUCAAGUACGAUGCUCAGCAGCGGAUUCGUCAAGUUUUGAGGCGCCUCAAAAAUUGCCAUUCAAGUACGAUGCUCGGGAGCAGGGUGCAGGGAGGCGUAGGCAGGCGGAGAAGCACGGGAUGCAGUUCGUCGCAUGGCCAUGACAGGGCGAGCAGGGAGGCGCAGGCAGCCAAGGAGGCGAUGAAGAUGCUGUGGCGAUCACACAGCGGGGCCAAUGCUACUGACCGGCUGGAUCAGACCGGGGUGUACAGCAGUGGAGGAGUGAGCCAUGGUGGGAUGCAGCAUGGUGGGAUGCAGCAGGAGGCUCACGCGCAGCCGCUGUCCGUGCCUGCCGGGGGGUUUGAGUAUGGCGAGGAGGAAGAGGAGGGUGCGGGCGCGGGCGGGUUUACUCCGGAGAGCGUGAGAUUGCUGCUGGAGGCUCUUGAGUUGGAGGCAGCAGAGGAGUCUAAACACGCCCUUAGGUGA